AUGAACCGGUGGUUUGAUGGUUGCGUGGAGAAGGGUUGGUACGAGUUUAUGAGGGGAGAGGAGAAACGACGAGUUGGUUUGGAUUAUUACGACGAGGGCGAGGGGGGCGGAGCUUAUCGAUAUCGAAUCCCUCGGAAGGUAGAAGAGGUGGAAGAACGAAUGACUGAAGUUUUGGUGAGAGCCAGGAGCGGGACUAAGAGGGAGGGAUAUGAGUCAGGAUGUGAUUUGAUGAGUAGGUACAGGUGGAUCAGAAAGAUUCUAGCCGCGAGUGAGAGUGAAGAGGUGGGAACACGGUUGGAGUGGGAGGGGGGACCUAACGAGAGAGGUCGACCGUGGAUUAUUGAGAGGAGGAAGGGGGAUGGAUGA